AUGAAGGUAGCACCGCGAUACGGGAAAUGGAUUCCUCCUCAUCUUCGAACUUCCGAUACGAUGAGAGCACAGACUGCCGCAGAUGCUCUCGAUAAUGUCGAGGCUAAUUUGGAGCAAACCAACUCUCAAGCUUUGGCAAUGGAGGUAGCACUACAAUCCGUAUAUCGCAAUAGAUGGAUUCCUCCUCAUCUUCGACAAUCCAAUACUAUGGAAGUACAGACUACCACGGACGCUCUCGAUAAUGCCGAGAUCAGUUCAGAGCAAACCAACACUCGUCUCCCACAAGGAAUGGACUCGGAGACAAAAAAUGAUGUUGUCUAUAGAAUGGACAUGCUGGUGCGGGACCUGCUGGCCUCCCGCAAGAGUCUGGAAGACGAAAAGCGGAAAUCAGCAGACAAGGAUGCCGAUAUCGCUCAACUGAAGAAGGAAGUGGCUGACCUCCGGGACAAAGCCCGUGCGGGAGGCCAAAAGCAUGAGGCCGCCGGGGAAGAGGGGUGGGCUUUCUGGGGAUUCGAUAAAGCGAGCGUGUUGAGCUCAGCAAACUGCGAGGAGGUGAAUGAACUGCGGCGGCUGUUGGCGUUUCACAAGACAAACGGGGAGCAAGUAUCAAAGAAGCUCAGAGACUUGCAAGCUACCAACAAGGACCUUGAGGCCCAGCUGCAAGUGGCCGACACGGCACUUCAGGAGCAGAUGUCGCUUUUGUCGGGAUUGGGUAUAUGUGCGCAAGCAGGGGAUAGCAACGACUUACACCAGCAGGAGCAAGCAAUACCAGGUGGCUUGGAGGAUGCAGCCCUUGACUGA